CGAUCGGAGAGCCGCGAUCGUCAAGGUUGAGUGAUGCAAUGCGGCGUCAGACCGUAGCCAUUGUCGCUAUUUCACGUGCGUGCACACACCAUCCUUUGAGACUGGACCUGCGCAGGUCCCUCUCACUCGGACCUCCGGCAGUUGGGAUGGCGGCGACCAGGAGUGCACCAUGGAUCGUGUACGUGGCGCUACUGGUUCAGGGCGUAUCAACCGCGGCUUCCAUGAUGGUGAGCGAGGGCGUCCAUCGAGGUAUCGACCCGCACAACGCUUCGCGCACUAGUGACAGUAUGAAGGAGGUGCAUGAAGUGCAGGAAGUGAGCGGGAUGCCCGCGCAGCGUUCAGCUGGCUACCAAACUUACAGUCUUGGAGGAGUCAGCCAUUGCUGCACUUGCGGUUGGAAUAGUUGGUGGACCUCGGCGACAAUUACCGAGCCAAUCACGACGAUCCAAAUGAGUGGUUAUUGGAGAGACCAGGGUUGGGGGGGCUACAAAGGCUACAUCCGUGUUGUGGUGGGGUCGGAGUCGUAUAACUAUGGUGUGGCACCUCAUUCCAGAUCGGCGUUUUCGUUCACCUGGACAUUGCCCGCGCCCUCGGCAUCUGGCAGUCAAGUAGCGCUGUCUUACAACGUUGGAUGGGGAGGCGGGCACUGUCUUUACGUCGAUGCUGGCGCGAGCCUGAAAGUGACCACCGCGACGCCCAGCCCGACGCCCUACCCGACGCCCUACCCGACGCCCUACCCGACGCCAAACCCGACGCCGAAUCCGACGCCAAACCCGACGCCCUACCCGACGCCCUACCCGACGCCAAACCCGACGCCGAAACCCGCGCGCGAACCCGACCCGAACCCGACGCCCUACCCGACGCCCUACCCGACGCCCUACCCGACGCCCUACCCGACACCGUUUCCGACGCCCUACCCGACGCCCUACCCGACGUCUUUCCCGACGCCAUUUCCGACGCCCUACCCGACGGCGUUCCCGACGUCUUUCCCGACGCCAUUACCGACGCCCUUCCCGACGGCCUUCCCGACGCCGUUUCCGACAGCUUUCCCGACUCUCUUCCCAACCGGCUUCCCGACGCCGUUCCCGACGCCCAGCCCGACCCCCAGCCCGACGUAUCCUCUGGGCUGGCCGACGCCGCAUCCGACGUUUCUUCCUGGAGCUCCGAUGGCAGGUGGAGCGGGCGCAGCCGUGGCUGCCACUGGCGACCCCCACCUUCAGAACGUUCUCGGCCAGCGGUUCGACUUGAUGAAACCAGGAAGGCAUGUUCUGGGUCGGCGGAUUAACAUCCCCCGUGGAAGGCGUUCCAAUGCAAUGCUUCGCGUGGAGGCUGAGGCGCGGCAAGUUGGAGGGCAGUGCGCAGACAUGUAUUUCCACGAGCUGAACAUCACAGGUGCGUGGGUGGAGGCGAAGGGAACCGACGGUCUCCAUUUCCAAGCCGAGGGUGCGCGCGACGAGCAUCCGCAGUGGUUAAAGUUUGGGGGCGUAGAACUCAAAGUCGCCCAUGGGCGCACUGAGAAGGGCACCUUGUACUUGAAUUUCUACGUCAAGCACCUUGGGCGCGGUGGGUUUGCCGUCGGAGGGUUGCUAGGAGAGGAUGACCACACCGAGGCAUCCAUGCCUUCGAAGGCAUGCGUUCACCGCGCUGCCCUUUGGGAGACUGCGACUCCGAGUUACAACGGUGCAGGCGUCUUCUCGAUUGCAGAGGCAACCUUCUAAUGUUGACAUGCGUGCGGGGUGAGGGCAAUGCGGACCGUUUGCGCAAACGGUGUUUCUGUUUCUACCAUGAGAAAAAUGUGCUGCAUGCGGCGUCAUAGAUCAUCGCAGGCGUCGUCACGACACGAAUCUUCCCCGUAUACUGGCUUCGUGGGGGAGGUCGCCGCGCUGUCUCGCGACUGCUUUUGCGCAGGGCUUGCCCAUGCAUGCCGCUCAAAUGGGCCGGAGUCGAGGGUGUCAGCGGAUCUCGGGAGCCUUGAGACGGGGGUCAAUGCAGACGGGGGUCAGCCAGAGCGCCGGAUCCUGCAGGAUCAUGCGAAGACCCCCUCUGGCUGACCCGGGUUAGCGAGCCGCUCGUGGCCGCGAACUCUAAAGUGAGUUGGGUCCACGCUAGUAAAUAUGACUUGUCCAUGUGAUGGCAAACCGCUCCGGUGCAUCGUCGUCACAUACUGUCUUCAUAUUAAUUUCGUGCCGCGAGAGAUGGGCGCGCGCCACCGCUGCAGAACACAACUUCGCAUAGCACGACAUUCCAAUCACCAUUGUAAUUUCGGCAGCCCUUUGGGAAAAGGUCGCGCACUUUUGCUUGUCAUCCUUCUUCCAA